CCUAUUCAGUAUUUUCCUUGCAAUACGGGCUGAUAACGCUUGAAUGCUGGGAGUGGCUUUCUGAAAUUUCGUUAGACCGGAACUGACACAUUUCUCGACCAACAGGAAGGCUGUCGUAACACAGCUUCGUCUCGUCAUACAUAGCCAUUAACUGGGAAUUUUUGUGCCGCUGCAGUUUUCUUGUAACAGUCGAACGAGUACCUUGGUUGUACUUCAAAACCUUCCAUUGCCUGCUGAAAGUCCUGAUAAAGAACAAUACUGUAAGUAUUCUUCAACUUGAGAUGCCUGUGAUGCCAGUUCCAGGUUUGGACUACAUGGGAAUCCCAACACAGGCUCAUGGGCCUGCAGCUUUGAAAUGGGAUCCCAAAAACCUUGAAAUUCGUACUACUUCUGUGGAACGAACUUUGGAACCAUUAGUGAUUCAGGUUACGACCCUAGUUAACACAAAAGGCUCUUCUAAGAAGAAAAAAGGUCGUUCGAAAAGGGCUCACGUACUUGUAGCUGCUGUAGAAAAAGCAACAGGCAAUUUCAUCGAACGGGGUGAGCAAAUUGCGUAUGAAAAUCCAGAUAUUCAGCAAGAAAUGUUAGCAGCAGUCGACGAAGUUCGAAAAACGGGCGAGACCAUGAGUGUGGCUUCACGUGAAUUUGCUGAAGACCCAUGCUCCUCGUUAAAGCGUGGGAACAUGGUUCGAGCAGCCCGUAACUUGUUAUCCGCUGUAACUCGUCUUUUAAUCCUAGCGGAUAUGGUAGAUGUCCACCGUCUACUCAAAUCUCUUCGAGUAGUUGAAGAAGACCUUGAACGUUUACGUGGAGCUUCGAGUCAAGCUGAAUUAGAAGAAGGUAUGCGUAUGUUUGGCCGAAAUGCUUCUGAACUAAUGGCACAAGCCGCUCGUCGCCAGCAAGAGCUGAAAGAUCCGGCUCUAAGAGAUGAUUUGGCUGCUGCCCGAGCCGUCCUGAAGAAGCAUUCUAUGAUGCUAUUGACAGCUUCAAAGGCGUUUGUUCGUCACCCUGAACUAGCGGCAGCAAAAGCAAACAGGGACUAUGUCUUAAAACAAGUGUGCCAGGCUGUUAGCGCCAUAUCCGAUGUAGCACAAGGCAAAAGCACCGUUGGGAAUCCGGCUGUUCAAAUGCCGUACGAUGGCCCAGGAGAAUUGGCUGCCGCCCUUGAUGACUUCGACGAACGAAUUAUUAUGGAUCCAUUGGCUUACAGCGAAAUCCGUACCCGACCCUCGUUAGAAGAAAGACUUGAGAGUAUAAUCAGCGGCGCCGCGUUGAUGGCGGAUUCGUCCUGUACUCGCGAUGAUCGACGUGAACGUAUCGUAGCAGAAUGCAAUGCAGUGCGCCAAGCACUUCAAGACCUUCUCAGUGAAUACAUGUCAAAUAUGGGCAAAAAAGAUCGCAGUGAAGGAUUGGAUCGUGCACUUGAUCACAUGUGUCGCAAAACUCGUGAUCUGCGCCGUCAGUUGCGUAAGGCAGUGGUUGACCAUGUCUCGGAUUCCUUUUUAGAGACCAAUGUACCACUAUUGGUAUUGAUCGAGGCAGCUAAAUCUGGCAACGAGAAGGAAGUGGACGAAUAUUCUCAGGUCUUCCUCGAGCAUGCCAAUAAAUUGGUUGAAGUGGCUAACCUAGCAUGUUCUAUGUCGGGCAAUGAAGACGGUGUGAAAAUGGUUCGAUAUGCCGCUUCCCAGAUAGAGGCACUUUGCCCACAAGUCAUCAACGCUGCUCGUAUUCUGGCAGCUCGCCCGCGCUCUCGUGUAGCACAAGAAAAUAUGGAUAUUUUCCGCGAUGCCUGGGAGAAUCAAGUGCGCAUUUUGACCGAUGCUGUCGACGACAUUACUACUAUUGACGAUUUCUUGGCCGUCUCGGAAAAUCAUAUUCUAGAAGAUGUCAACAAAUGCGUCCUCGCCCUCCAAGAAGGUGAUCCAGAUUCACUUGACAGGACGGCAGGUGCCAUUCGCGGUAGAGCAUCCCGCGUGGCCAACGUUGUCACGGCUGAAAUGGACAAUUACGAACCAGGCAUUUACACAGAACGUGUACUGGAAGCUGUUAAAGUUUUGCGUGACCAGGUCAUGCCCAAUUUUGCCCAAAAGGUUGAAAUGGCUGUUGACGCACUUUCGAGCAACCCUCCUCGUGAUGUUGACGAAAACGAAUUUAUCGACGCUUCUCGCUUGGUUUACGACGGUGUUCGUGAAGUUCGCCGUGCCGUCUUGAUGAACCGCGCUGACGAAGAACUAGAUCCAGAAGAAGUGGAAUUGGAUGAGCAAUACACCAUCGACACUCGCAGCAAAUCGAGCAACCACACCCUUGAUUAUAUGGUGGAUGAGUAUCCAGAUAUUAGUGGAAUUACCACAGCUCGCGAAGCCAUGCGAAAGCUUAAGGAAGAAGAUAAGGCGAAGAUUGCCCAACAGGUGGAAUACUUCCGUACGGAAAAACUUAAAUUUGAUCGAGAAGUAUCUAAAUGGGACGACUCUGGCAACGAUAUUAUUGUACUGGCGAAACACAUGUGCAUGAUCAUGAUGGAAAUGACAGAUUUCACUCGAGGUCGCGGACCUCUCAAGACGACAAUGGACGUCAUCAAUGCUGCCAAGAAAAUUUCCGAGGCUGGAACCAAGUUGGACAAAUUUGCUCGUUUGAUUGCCGACCAGUGCCCCGAGUCAUCGACCAAACAAGAUUUGCUAGCAUAUUUGCAACGUAUUGCCCUUUACUGCCAUCAACUGAACAUCACCUCCAAGGUUAAGGCCGACGUACAGAACAUCAGUGGCGAGCUGAUCGUUUCUGGCUUGGACAGCGCUACAUCACUAAUCCAGGCAGCUAAAAACUUGAUGAACGCAGUCGUCCUUACUGUCAAAGCCUCUUACGUAGCUUCUACAAAGUACACUCGUCACCAGAGUACCGUUGCUUCGCCUAUCGUUGUAUGGAAGAUGAAAGCACCCGAAAAGAAGCCAUUAGUUCGUCGCGAGAAGCCUGAAGAGGUUAGAGCCAAAGUUCGGCGUGCAUCGCAGAAGAAACACAUCGCCCCCAUCAAGGUCCUCAGCGAAUUCCAAAGUCCUGCCGAAAGUGUUUAGAAAAAAAAAAACUAAAAAUAGAUGCGCAGUUUAAAAAUAAGGCUCAUUAAACGUCCAGUUCUCUUUGGUUAGUAGUGGUUCUCCGUCAAGAGCAUUUCUUUGUUUUAUUUUAUUUUUUUUUUUUUGCCGUAAAUCAGCAUUACCGACAACUUCCCAUUUUCACCUUUAAGUCAGUUGAAUUUUCAUGUGAAAGACGGACCUGGUUUCGUCGGAUAUUUCGUUGGCGGCAAAAGCUAAAAAUCGUAGUUGUAAUCUUUCGUCGCUUUCAAAUUUUUCCCGGAAAAUGUAAGAUUACAAAUCUUUAGAUAGUCGUAUAACCAAAAUCAUGGCUCAAUGCUUAUGAAACAAAAAGCCAAAGCUGGUACGGUCGUUUCCUUCUAUUCGUCUUCGCGCAUCUAUUUUUACAUACUUUUUUCCCCAUCAUUUGCGUAUAUCCUUAAUUGACUUUACGAGAACAAUUCCUGUAUUAUUAUUUCGGUUUUGGAAAACUGAUAGGAACACCCCAUAAAUAGUUUAGUCCCUCCUCUCCAUAUUGAAAGCGGCCACCAUUCGAUUCACAGAGACUUAAUUAUAUCCAUUCCUUCGAAUUUAGCAACAAAACCUUGCGUGACAAUUCCCCCAAACAACUGUUCAAGUAUUUUUACUCUAUUUUGAACGCUCCUUUAUUAUUGUCCCUUCCUCAACCUUGACAUCAUAUCAAUGGGAGAACUUUUUUCCAAACCACUUUUUUCUCCGUUCGUGUCGUUUAAUAUUGGUGUCCUAAUUUCAUACACGGUUAAAAGAAAA